UGUCGCUGAAAUAUAAGUAAAGGGCCAGACUCUCCUCUGGCACAUUUUUCCUUCACUUCUUCAGACACCUGGAACCAGGAAGAGACGGCACUUGUGUCCCCCACAGAUAAGAACUGCGAUGUCUCUAAAGGACGAUAUAGCGGUGGUGACAGGAGCCGCUGGAUUUCUGGGGACGCAACUUGUCCGAAUGCUGCUGGAGGAAGAAAGCUUGGCGGAGAUACGACUGCUGGACAGACGCAUUCCAGCCCAGCUUUUGGAGUCUCUGACAGAAUGUAGCAGAGGCACCAAAGUUCGGGUUUUUGAAGGAGACAUCAGGGACGGGGAUUUCCUGAGAAAGGUCUUUCGAGGAGCUUCCACUGUCUUCCACAUCGCUUCCAUCAUAGAUGUGAGUGGAGCUGUGGAGUACAAGGAGCUGUACGGAGUCAACGUCACAGGUACACAGAUGCUUCUAGAUGUUUGUGUAGAAGAGAACGUGGUAUCCUUCAUCUACACAAGCACCCUGGAGGUGAUGGGGCCCAACUCUCAGGGUGAAGCCAUCAUCAACGGCAACGAGGACAUGGUCUACCACUGCAUCCUGAAGUUCCCCUACAGUCAGACCAAGAAGGAGGCGGAGCAGCGAACUCUCCAGGCCAAUGGCGACCUCCUCCAGAACGGAGGCCGGCUGGCCACCUGCGCCCUCAGACCCAUGUACAUAUACGGCGCGGGGUGUCGCUUCCUGCUGGGCCACAUGUGCGACGGCAUCAAGAACAAUGACGUCCUGUACCGUCUGUCCGAGCCGAGGGCCAAGGUCAACCCGGUCUAUGUGGGGAAUGUGGCCUGGGCCCACAUCCAAACUUCCCGCUGCCUCAAAGACCCACACAAACGGAGCGAGGUCGGGGGAAAGUUUUACUUCAUCUCAGACGACACGCCGCACGUGAGUUACUCAGAUUUCAACCACGUGUUGAUGUCCCCGCUGGGGUUCCACAUUCAGGACAGACACUUCCUGCCACUGCCGCUCCUCUAUGUGCUGUGCUUUGUGAUGGAGCUCCUCUGCUUUGUGCUGCGUCCUUUCGUACGAGUCGUGCCGCCACUGAACCGACAGCUGCUCACCAUGUUGAACACGCCCUUCAGCUUCUCCUAUCAGAAGGCCCAGAGGGACCUGGGCUACGCGCCCAAGUUCACCUGGCAGGAGGCACGACAACGCACCGUCGAGUGGCUGGCCGGGCAGCUGCCUCAGGAGCGAGAGCGAAUCAGAAAAUGACUUUCUUUGAAUGAUCCGAGUAAAUAAAUAAUGAAAAAUUAGUCAUUAAAUUACAUUAGUCAUGAAAAUGUGGGAAUAGAAAAUGCGAUGAUUUUCACUUUAUUUUAUUUUUUCCAGUGUGUGGAGGGUCUGUGGGGCGUUUCGGGGCAGGGCGACCUGAUUUUGUGCUAUGAAUCACACUCACAUUUUUGUCUCAUAUUUGUGUUUGAAAUGUUUGUCUCACCUGGUAAAAUCAGGUAAAAAUAAACUGAACUGCUUUAAGUCUCAA